AUGAUCUACUUUCCAUCUCAUAAUUUCACAAUCCCCAUGUCUUCGUUCUGGCUUCAUUCCAGAGCGGCGGCAACAUGCCCUAUUGCUGUCGAAGAUACCUUUGGGCCUGUUGUCAGCCAUGAGUGCAAAAAUGGCUUUGAUUUCACAUUGUACUUCGAAGAGACAGUCCUCACAAUACCGGUGACGCUCUUUUUUCUCUUCUGGGCCUUGCCACGCAUUUACCACCUGAGACAACAGACAAUAAAGGUGCAGGGAGGAUAUCGGUAUUUUGUAAAGCUAGGUGGAUAUGCGCUGUUGGCCGUCCUUCAGCUAACCCUCGUCGGCCUCUGGGUGGCGCCGUCGGGACAAACCACUCGAGCUACUAUCGCAACGGCUGUCGUCUCCUGGCUGGCGUCCAUCAUAUUCGGUAUUCUUUCUCACUAUGAGCAUAUCUGUACUAUCCGGCCCGCUACCAUCAACUGUGGUUAUCUGUUCCUUUCCUCGAUUUUGUCCUUGGCCGAGACACGCACGUUAUACUUCCUGGAGAGGAAUCGCUCGAUUGCGGUCCUCUAUACGGUGACACUGUGCAUAAAGGUGGUGUUGUUGAUUACCGAAACGAUGUCCAAGAGGUCCCUCUUGAGACGAAACUACAAAGAUGCACCUCCUGAAUCGACCGUGGGGAUUCUGGGAGAAUGUCUCUACUGCUGGCUCAACCCGCUCUUAAUGCUCGGCAAUCGCGUAGAUCUUACGGUUGAGCUGCUUCCCCCAAUCGAGGACUCACUUCGCUCUACGGGGCACGGUGACGACGGGCUGUAUGCCCUAUGGAGCAAGGGACCCAACCGGGAUUCCCCUCACAGUUUACUCUGGGCAUGCUGCCGAUACUACUUGGUUCCAAUCCUGUUAGGCGUCUUCCCUCGAGUGCUGCAGGUGGCCUUCACGUUCGCACAGCCCUUUCUGGUGGAAGCAACCACAACCUGGGUGGGAUCGAACGAGCUUACCCACCCCAAGGCACAGGGAUACGCACUGAUUGGAGCAUUCGCUAUAGUUUACACGGGUAUCGCGGUUUCCACGGCCUUCGCCCAUCAUCAGGCAUAUCGAUUGGUUUCCAUGAUACGGGCCAGUCUGGUCGACAUGCUCUAUGGUCAUGUCAUGAUCAUGCGUGACAUCGACGUUGAAACCAGUGCCCCUGUCACUCUGAUGAGUGCAGAUAUGGAGCGUAUUUCGGGUGGUCUACACUACAUUCACGAUGCCUGGGCUUGUAUUGUCGAGAUUCCAAUUGCGCUGUAUUUGUUAUGGCGUCAGCUGGGAGUCGCCAGCAUCGCCCCGAUCAUCGUAGUAUUUAUCUGUAUGGCCUUGUCAUUGCUCAUCUCCGCACUGGCUGGCCCUCGCCAGCAGGUCUGGCUCGAGGCCAUUGAAAAACGAGUCGAUAUUACCGCCAAGGUUCUGGGAUCAGUAAAAGGAGUCCGCACAGCUGGACUGACCGACAAACUAUUCAACCUCGUCCAGACGAUGCGUAUCGAAGAGGUCGUCAAGUCGGAAAAAUUCCGUCGACUCCUGAUCCUGGUGGUCGGCGUGGCAUACAGCAACGUCACACUUUCUCCGCUGGCCUCGUUCACUAUCUACGCCCUCAUCGCACGGCAUAAAGGAGACGAAACCCUGACAGCGACUAAGGCGUUCACAUCGCUCACCUUAUUCACUCUUCUUGCCACUCCAAUCUCUAACCUGGUCGAAGCUGCAACGGGAGUCGCCACUGCAAUCGGCUCCAUUAAACGAGUGAACGAGUUUUUGCAAUCGGACCCACGAAGGGACGACGCACAUGAACCCCGAGGGACUCGGAGCAACAUCAGCAUCCCUGCCAGUGUUUUAUCUAGUGCACUCACGGAGAUUGGAGUCGUCUAUGACGGAAAGGGGAUGUCGGUCGUGGAGGGGGUCCCCAGUAUCUCCAGUCGCGAGAAGCUACCAUUGUACUACGAAGUCACCGGUCCGGUCUUUGUGGCAGAGGGCCGCAGCGCUGGCUGGGAAGCGAGUAAACCAGCCGUGGUACAAGAUCUCAGUUUUGAGAUUCAUCGAGGCACGGUGACGUUUGUCGUCGGGCCCGUUGGAUCUGGGAAGUCCACCUUUGUCCGCGCAUUGCUGCGAGAGACGCCCGUGUUUUCGGGAGGGUUGAAAGCUGAUCCCGACUUGAUUGCGUACUGCUCGCAGACACCCUGGUUGACGAAUAACACCAUCCAGGACAAUAUCUUGGGAGAGUCGCUCUUCGACCUGCGUUGGUAUAAUACCGUGAUCGAUGCAUGUGCCCUUUAUGAUGAUAUCCGCAAACAGCCGAAUAGGGACAAGACCAUGUUAGGGACUCAAGGCGCUAUUCUGAGUGGAGGGCAGAAGCAACGCGUGGCUCUGGCCCGGGCUGUAUACUCCAGAGCAGAGACGAUUAUCCUCGACGACGUCUUCAGCGGACUGGACCGCACCACGGAGGAUGCGGUCUUCCAUGCCCUGUUGGCCCCAGGGGGUCUAUUACGGAAGCUGGGUACGACAGUGAUCCUGACGACGAACAGCCCCUCCCGCCUCUCUGUUGCGGACCAUAUCAUCGCCAUGGGCCCAUCAGGCAACAUCAUGGAACAGGGAACAUACAAAGAGCUCCAUUCUCGAGCCGACAGCUAUAUCCGUAGUCUGGCUGCCUUGCCGAAACGGAAGGCAACCGUUCACCUGGAGGCCCCCGAGAUCCCUAUCCCAAGACCCAGGCCCCGAAACCGACUGUCUCAAAAUCGGUUCUCGCAGCGAUUCUCCCAGAGAUUCUCUCAGCGAUUCUCUCAGCAAUUUUCUCAACCUUUCUCCCAGCGGUUUUCCCAACAGAUCUCACAUGAUCAGUCUCUCAGAAUCACCAGCCCAGAAGUACAAUUAGAACCAACACCGCAGGAGGAUGGGCGACGCACGGGUGAUAUGUCCAUCUAUUGGUACUAUGCCCAAGUUCUGGGAGUGUUCCGGUCCGCGGUGUUUGUUCUUUUGAUCAUGGCCUAUGUGGUUACCAUUACAUACCCUUCCCUCUGGGUGGAGAAGUGGGCAAAUUCAAAUAUCGAUCAUCCCAACGAGAGACUGGGGUAUUGGCUCGGGAUCUAUGCGUUUAUCGCGGUGAUGGCCACUUCCACACUGGUCACUUCCUGCUGGCAUCUAAUGGCGAAUCUGGUGGCCCGGGGUGCCAGAAAUAUGCACGCUGAGCUCUUGAAAAGUGUUCUAGAUGCCCCCAUGUCAUUCUUCCAGACCACCGAUCUAGGCAACACGACGAACCGAUUCAGUCAAGACCUGCAGCUGAUCGACAUGGAGCUCCCGCUUUCUGUCCUGAAUACCAUCCUCACCUUCUUCACCUGUGUGGCCCAAAUGGUGGUUAUCUGCACUGCAACGGGAUACAUCGCUGCCACCAUACCCGCUUGUAUCGUCGCCUUUUAUUUCACCCAACGGUUUUACCUGCGCACCUCACGCCAGAUCCGAUAUUUAGAUAUCGAAGCCAAAGCCCCGCUAGUCUCUCACUUCCUGGAAAGUCUCAGUGGCCUGUCCACCAUCCGGAGCUACAAGUGGGAGCACCAUUACCGCCGACGCAACAGCCAAUUGCUCAACGACUCCCAGAAGCCCUUCUAUCUGCUCUUCGCCAUUCAGCGCUGGCUCGAACUGGUCAUUGCCCUGAUGGUGGCCGGGUUUGCCGUCGUCCUCGUUUCCAUCGCCGUCGCGACGCGCGGCAAAGUAAGCGCCAGCUUCAUUGGAUUGGCACUGCUGAAUAUCGUCACCUUUACCGAGAAUCUGCAGGGUCUGAUCAAGCAAUGGACUGUUUUGGAGACAUCCAUUGGGGCAGUGGCACGAAUUCGCAACUUCAAGUCGACUAUUGAGUCGGAGCACCUGGAAGACGAGACAGCUGUGCCUCCGCCAGAUUGGCCUGCCAGGGGAGCAAUCGAGUUUAGCAAUGUGGUGGCUUCCUACAAGAACUCCUCGACCCGUGCGCUUGAUCAUAUUUCUUUAUCAAUUAAGCCAGGUACCAAGGUUGGCAUCUGCGGUCGCUCCGGAAGUGGAAAAUCCUCGCUCGUAUCGUCCCUCUUCCGCCUGAUUGAACUGACCAGCGGCACGAUCAACAUCGACGGGCUCGACAUCUCCCUGCUGGCUCGCAACCACCUGCGCGCCCAGCUGAAUUGUAUCCCCCAGGAGCCCUUCCUCCUACCGGGCUGUUCGGUUCGCCUCAACGUGGACCCCGGUAUUUCAAUCCACGAUGACAUUCUCAUUGAUGCGUUGAAGAAGGUCCAACUCUGGGAUGUGGUCCGAGAGCUCGGUGGCUUAGAUGCUACGAUUACGCCUGAUACAUUCUCCCCGGGUCAGAAGCAACUCCUUUGCUUCGCCCGCGCUAUGGUACGGCCAGAAGGGAAGAUUCUAGUUCUUGAUGAAGCGACGAGCAGCAUCGACACCAAAACGGAUGACCUCAUCCAGUCGCUCAUCCGGAGUGAAUUUGCCGAUCAUACUGUCAUCGCCAUUGCACAUCGACUGGAAACCAUUGUAGAUUUUGACGAGAUUAUUGUUGUUGAUGCCGGGCACGUUGAGGAGCAAGGUCCGCCGGCGGCCCUGCUCGAGAGAGGCGGAGCGUUUGCGGAGUUAUAUUGGGAUAAGGACCGGAGUUCGGAGAGGACUCCCUUGAGGCUUUAG